GCGGCGCGGUCACGCUGACGAAAGUGGGCACGAUGUCGCCGGCGUUGUUCAGCUUGAUCGACGCGAGGGACAAGUUCACGGCUGCCACCAUAAACGCUUUGGAGGCUGGAAACUGUAAACCCCUAACAAAUGUCUUCAGUCAUCUCCCUGGAAAUGAGACGGAGAAGAAGAGUACACUGGACCAGACUCUGCGUGCCGUUCUGGAGGGGCAGAUAGUGAAGCAUGUGGACGUCGGGGACCAUCUCUCGCUUAUUUACAUCAGCAUUGGUGGUGUGACGGAAGGUAUCUGCUCCGCCACCACGCCGUUUGUGUUGCUAGGUGACGUCCUGGACUGUCUCCCUCUGGACCAGUGUGACGGGAUCUUCUCGUUUGUGGAGGAGAACGUUUCCACGUGGAAAUCUAACUCUUUCUACUCAGCUGGGAAGAACUACUUGUUGAGGAUGUGUAACGAUCUGCUCAGAAGACUCUCCAAAUCCCAGAACACUGUGUUCUGUGGGCGGAUCCAGCUCUUCCUGGCCCGCCUCUUCCCUCUGUCCGAGAAAUCGGGUCUGAAUCUGCAGAGUCAGUUCAACCUGGACAACAUCACAGUGUUUAACAAGAAUGAACAAGAGAGUACACUGGGACAACAGAGCACUGAGGUAAAAGAGGAUGGCAUGGAGGUAGAGGAGGGUGAAAUGGGGGAUGAAGACACACCUGCUCCCUGUUCCAUUCCGAUCGACUACAACUUGUACAGGAAGUUCUGGACACUGCAGGACUAUUUCAGGAACCCGGUGCAAUGCUAUGAGAAGUUCUCCUGGAUGACCUUUGUUAAGUACUCGGAUGAGACACUGGCUGUUUUUAAGAGCUACAAGCUGGACGAUACUCAGGCCUCCAAGAGGAAGCUGGAGGAGAUGCAAACAGCUGGAGGAGAGCAUGUCUACUUCGCCAAGUUCCUGACCAGCGAGAAGCUGAUGGACCUGCAGCUGAGUGACAGCAACUUCCGACGCCACAUCCUGCUGCAGUACCUCAUCCUGUUCCAGUACCUCAGGGGUCAGGUCAAAUUCAAAAGCUCCAGCUGUGUUCUAAAUGAUGACCAGACAUCCUGGAUGGAUGACACCACAAAAGUCGUAUAUCAGCUGCUCAGAGAAAUUCCCCCAGAUGGUGACAGGUUUGCGUCUAUGGUAGAGCACAUUCUGAACACAGAAGAGAACUGGAACUCCUGGAAGAACGAGGGCUGUCCAAGCUUCGUCAAAGAGAGACCGGCAGAGCCCAAGCCAACCCGGCCCAGCCGGAAGAGACCGGCACCGGAGGACUUCCUGGGCAAAGGACCUGACCGCAAGCUCCUCAUGGGGAACGAUGAACUGACACGACUCUGGAAUCUUAAUCCGGACAACAUGGAGGCCUGCAAGUCUGACAGCAGGGAGUUCAUGCCGUCGUUGGAGGACUUUUUUGAAGAGGCCAUAGAGCAGGCAGACCCAGCCAACAUGGUGGAGGACGAGUACAAGGUGGUGCGGAACUCCAACUACGGCUGGCGGGCGCUCCGCCUCCUCUCUCGUCGCAGCCCUCACUUUUUCCAGCCCACCAACCAGCAGUUCAAGAGCCUGGCGGACUACCUGGAGAACAUGGUCAUCAAGCUGGCCAAGGAGCUGCCCAAGGACAUUCCGUCAGAGGAGAUCAAGACCGGAGAGGAAGAGGAUGAGAACGGAGACAACCUGCUGAAGGAGAGCAACGACAGUCCAAGUAUCCAGAGCAAACCAGUGACCAACAGUCAGAUGGAUGAGGUGGCAGCGAAACUGGGCGGCCAGUGGAGGACGCUGGCGGACCACCUGGAGAUGAAGGAGGCAGAAAUCCGCGAGAUCGAGGCAGACGGUGAAGACGUGGAUCUUCAGGCCAAGAUGCUGCUGGUGGCAUGGCAGGACCGCGAGGGUCCCCAGGCAUCUGUGGAGAGCCUGGCAUCUGCACUCCGCUCUGCUGGCUUCGGCAGCAUCGCCAACAGCCUCAGCCAAUCAUAGCACGUUUCUGCAUUAAUGUCACUAACAGGUGUGAGCGGUAUCAGUUAGCCAUGCGCACAUGCUAAUAGUGGUAAUAUGUGAGUAAAGGUGGUAGGAAGCUGCUAAAUGCAGUCGUGCUAGCACGUCAUCGUUAGCCAGAGGUAGCAUUGUUGUCAGUUUUGUUAAAGUAUGCGAGUGAAGAAUCUGUUCCAUUCUGUGGAGGUGUCGUUUUGUUAAAGCAACAAGCUCUGCUGUAGUCUCAGUUUUGAGAUGGACCACAGACUGAACAUGAUCUCUAAUUGUAGUUCUUCUAGACCCCCUUAUGUGAUUACAUUGGUGAAAACGUACAAAAAUACAACAAACUAUUUGCAAAUAAACGUCAGUACUUUGCUUUU